AAACAACAACAACAACAACAGCAACAACAACAACAACAACAACAACAACAACAACAACAACAACAACAACAACAACAACAACAACAACAACAACAACAACAACAACAACAACAACAACAACAACAACAACAACAACAACAACAACAACAACAACAACAACAACAACAACAACAACAACAACAACAACAACAACAACAACAACAACAACAACAACAACAACAACAACAACAACAACAACAACAACAACAACAACAACAACAACAACAACAACAACAACAACAACAACAACAACAACAACAACAACAACAACAACAACAACAACAACAACAACAACAACAGCAACAACAACAA